CUAGACUUAGCUGCAACUCAGAAUUUCUCCUCCAGCACCUGAGUAAAUGCUGAUGGUCUUGUGGAGAGUGGAUUAAGAGUACGAGCUAAGUUCUCAAUCCCAAUUAAGAAGCGGAAAAUUUAAACUGUCUCCUUCAAAGUUUAUCACAACCACCACCAUCAAGACAGCAAACCAAAGGACAAAGACUUUGACCUGCUGUGUUACUCUGUGUAGUCCAGUUCACGUAUGGUUUACAGACUUGGCGGGGUUGCUAAAAAGUAAAUAAAAAGUCGGACACUUCUGUCAUUGGACGCUUUUAUUCACAAGUUACCAGAAUGAGGGCUGUACUGGAGACAGCAGACAUUGCCAUAGUGGCCCUGUAUUUUAUCCUGGUCAUGUGCAUUGGUUUUUUUGCCAUGUGGAAAUCUAAUAGAAGCACUGUGAGCGGAUACUUCCUGGCGGGGCGCUCUAUGACCUGGGUAGCAAUUGGUGCCUCUCUGUUUGUAAGCAAUAUUGGGAGUGAGCACUUCAUUGGGCUGGCAGGAUCUGGAGCUGCAAGUGGAUUUGCAGUGGGCGCAUGGGAAUUCAAUGCCUUACUGCUUUUGCAACUUCUGGGAUGGGUAUUCAUCCCAAUUUACAUCCGUUCAGGGGUAUACACCAUGCCUGAAUACUUGUCCAAGCGAUUUGGUGGCCAUAGGAUUCAGGUCUAUUUUGCCGCCUUGUCUCUGAUUCUCUAUAUCUUCACCAAGCUUUCAGUGGAUCUGUAUUCAGGUGCCCUGUUUAUCCAGGAGUCUUUGGGUUGGAAUCUUUAUGUGUCAGUCAUCCUGCUCAUUGGCAUGACUGCUUUGCUGACUGUCACCGGAGGCCUUGUUGCAGUGAUCUACACAGACACUCUGCAGGCUCUGCUCAUGAUCGUUGGGGCACUUACGCUCAUGAUUAUUAGCAUGAUGGAGAUUGGCGGGUUUGAGGAAGUUAAACGAAGGUAUAUGUUGGCCUCACCCAAUGUCACUUCCAUCUUGCUGACAUACAACCUUUCCAACACAAAUUCUUGUAAUGUCUACCCUAAGAAAGAAGCCCUGAAAAUGCUGCGGAAUCCAACAGAUGAAGAUGUUCCUUGGCCUGGAUUCAUUCUUGGGCAGACUCCGGCCUCAGUAUGGUACUGGUGUGCUGACCAAGUCAUCGUGCAGAGGGUCCUAGCAGCCAAAAACAUUGCUCAUGCCAAAGGUUCUACUCUUAUGGCUGGCUUCUUGAAACUUCUGCCGAUGUUUAUCAUAGUUGUCCCAGGAAUGAUUUCCAGGAUACUGUUUGCUGAUGACAUAGCUUGCAUCAACCCAGAGCACUGCAUGCAAGUGUGUGGAAGCAGAGCUGGGUGCUCCAAUAUUGCAUACCCGCGCCUGGUGAUGAAGCUGGUUCCUGUGGGUCUUCGGGGCUUAAUGAUGGCAGUGAUGAUUGCAGCUCUGAUGAGUGACUUGGACUCUAUCUUUAACAGUGCCAGUACCAUAUUCACCCUUGAUGUGUACAAACUCAUCCGCAAGAGUGCAAGCUCCCGGGAGCUAAUGAUUGUGGGGAGGAUAUUUGUGGCUUUUAUGGUGGUGAUCAGCAUAGCUUGGGUGCCAAUCAUCGUGGAGAUGCAAGGUGGCCAGAUGUACCUUUACAUUCAGGAGGUAGCAGAUUACCUGACACCCCCAGUAGCAGCCCUGUUCCUUCUGGCAAUUUUCUGGAAGCGCUGCAAUGAACAAGGGGCUUUCUAUGGUGGAAUGGCUGGCUUUGUUCUUGGAGCAGUCCGUUUGAUACUGGCUUUUGCCUACCGUGCCCCAGAGUGUGACCAACCUGAUAACAGGCCAGGCUUCAUCAAAGAUAUACAUUAUAUGUAUGUGGCCACAGCAUUGUUUUGGGUCACAGGACUCAUUACUGUAAUUGUUAGCCUUCUCACACCACCUCCCACAAAGGAACAGAUUCGUACCACCACCUUUUGGUCUAAGAAGAGCCUGGUGGUGAAGGAGAGCUGUUCCCCAAAAGAUGAACCAUACAAAAUGCAAGAGAAGAGUAUUCUGAGAUGCAGUGAGAACAGUGAGGCCAUCAACCAUGUCAUUCCUAAUGGGAAAUCUGAAGAUAGCAUUAAGGGCCUACAACCUGAAGAUGUUAAUCUGUUGGUGACCUGCAGAGAAGAGGGUAACCUGGUGCCUUCCUUAGGCCAUUCAGAGGCAGAAACACCAGUAGAUGCUUACUCCAACGGGCAAGCUGCUCUCAUGGGUGAGAAAGAGAGAAAAAAGGAAACAGAGGAUGUGGGCCGGUACUGGAAGUUCAUUGACUGGUUUUGUGGCUUUAAAAGUAAGAGCCUCAGCAAGAGGAGUCUCAGAGACCUGAUGGAAGAGGAGGCCGUUUGUUUACAAAUGUUGGAAGAGACUCCACAAGUUAAACUAAUACUAAAUAUUGGACUUUUUGCUGUGUGUUCACUUGGAAUUUUCAUGUUUGUCUAUUUCUCCUUAUGAACUUAAGGAUAUGGUGAGACACUAACUUAAAAAAAUGCUGGUCUUUGGAAAAAAGUUAUGUAACUGUUGCAUCUCUCAGGCAUUGUUUACGCUGUAGGUUUUAGCCAAAAGUUACUUAGCAAAAAAUC